AUGCGUUGCACAUUUCCUAUGAGGUAUCGUGGCAAAAUAUUAAGCAAUAUGUCAAACCAAGACCUCCUUUCGUGGCCGGAUGACUGUCCAAACGAUUGCGAAUGCACUUGCGUUUCUGACGACGACGAGUUUCACGUUAAAGUAGACUGCUCUGGACGGGGACGACAAAAAGGCAUCUUUGGCGAACUCGUGUCUUUGGACCUGGAAAGGAAUUUUUUACAAAGUUUAGACUUUUACUUGCCUGAGAAUCUCACCGUGUUGAAAUUGGCUUCAAACAACCUUACCCGAUUCUUCAACUCCAAACCGUCCGAGAAUAUUCAAAUUUGGAGUUUGUCAGACAAUCCAUGGAUUUGCGACUGUGAAACACGGGAUUUCAAAAAGUGGAUGAUAUCAGAAAAGAACAAGCUCAAGCAAGAUCGUCCUAAAACUUUCUUCAAGGGCGUUUUGACAGAACGCACCAUGCGCUCCCAAAAACCACCCCACCAGCUGGCUCUAGUGAUUGUUCUGUCUAUUACGUCCACCAUCUUGCUGCAUUUCAAGUACCGGUACCACUUGAAAGUAUGGCUUUACUCCAGAGGGUUGACGUGGCUCAAGAAAGCUGAAGACCAAAACUUCGGUAAACUCCACGACGCGUACAUUUCUGCAGCAGAGGAAGACUUGCAUUUGAUUGUCAUAUAUUUGAUACCAGAACUUGAAGAGAAGGAUCCCUAUUACUCAUUGUAUGUCCCAGGUAGAGAUAUGUUAGGUGGAGAAUUCGAAAUCGAUAAACAGAUGGAAGAAGUCAAAAAGAGCAAAAGGGUUAUUAUUUUGCUCUCAGAGCACUACUUUCAAGAUGAAUUCUGCAUGGAAAUUUUCAAACUAGCAUUUUCAUCAUCCUUAAAAGAAAAACUCUAUCGACUCAUCUUGAUCAUCGUUGGCGAGCUUCCCUCACUUUCGAACUUGAACAAGGAUGUGCGGGCUGCCAUAGAGAUUACAAAAUGCUUGCGCUUCGAGCAAAAGUUGUUCCGGGAAAUGCUAAAGUUCACUAUGCCAAGAAAAGAUUCUCCAAGAGUUCAAAAUGGCGAUGAGACAACAGAUGUACUUCCUUUGUUGCCAUAA